CUUCAAUGCUCACUGCUGCCUUCGACCUUUUGUUUACCGUGUUGAACAAUAAUAUCAGCAGAGUGCAGCCAGAAUCAUAGCAUCAACAUCAGAACCCAUAGCCACACUUCUACUUUCAACAUGUCUGGCACGGAGAAAGUCUUGGAAGGCAUCAAGCACCUCUCCGACACGAACCUUGACACGCUGGUCAAGACGACCUCGUUCAAGGAGGAGCUCGAGGAGGCCAUCCGUGGACACAUCCAUAUCGAGCUGCAGAGCUGGUUCUUCUACCGCAAGCUCAGCAACGACUGCUGCCGCUCCAACGUGGCGCUGCACGGGUUCGGCACGCUCUGGAAGCGCUGCGCCGUCGAAUGUCUCGCCGACGCCAACUGGCUCGAGUCGUACCUCGCCCAGCGCGGCGGCCGCUCCAAGCCGACGGCCAUCGAGCCGCCCACCGUCGGCUGGCCCGACAGCCCCGUCGAUCCAGUCCAGCCGGUGCAUGAGGCGCUGAAGGUUGAGAAGAGCCUGCUCGAGGACCUGCAGCGGCUGUGUGAGAAGGCGAACAAGUGUGGAGACGGUGCGGCCGAGGACGCCAUCCAGUCGCACUUCCUGCGCAAGGAGACGCGCCACGUCAAGGACAUGGGCGACUUGCUGCAGCAGUGCGUCCGGGUGAGCAAGCAGGCCGGCCAUGGGCUGUAUCACCUGGAUAAGGAGCUGAGAAUGAGUGGGGGCGUGGUGCCGUGGGGCGGGCGGAAUGACCCGGACACUAUCACCGAGGAGUUGUACAAGGUGAAGGUUUAGUUGGGAGGACCUCACUGAGGGUGAUGGCUGGACAUGAUCAGGGUUGGGAUACCUUGAACGUAUCGUACAUUUACUUCAACCUCUUAAGGGCAGCAUCAGAUUCGUAUUUCAGAUGGCUAGUUAGUUGACUAGAUACAUAAUCUGUGGUAUCCC